AUGGCACAGCGUGUGCAGCUAGAGCGAAACUCGGAGGGUAUCGUACCUGCCUGGGAUCGCACGGACACGGCUGCUUCUGCUGCCGAGGCGGUAGCGAGUGAAAACGCCGCAAGCUCCUAUUCUCCACUCGAGUUUGGUCUGGACUUGCAGGGAGCAUGGAGUUUGGUGGAUAAAGAUGAAUCCGGGGGUUGGCCGAAAACCUCGGGUUCCGCACGGGACACGCAGCAGUAUCCGAGCGCCCGCCGCUCUCUUGCAGGAGCCGCCCACUCCAGCAGCUUGGGGUCUUCAUUCGAUAGCGUUCUGGGUUCUAGUCACGUCGCAGAGCAAAAAUGGCCAGUCACUCGAGCAGAGGCCGGCACCACUAGUUGGCCAAGGCGUGAGCCGCCAGGUGCGAAUCUCCCACCGACCAACGGCACUGGAGCGGGACGUGCCUCUGCGCCUCCAUCCCCGAACGUGAAUGUUCCUGCUUCCGGGGCUCCGGUCAUACGGAGCAGCGCAUCGUCUCCGCUUCACCCGCGCUCACCCAAGUUCUCGUCGAAUAGCUCGCUAGCGACAACAGCGAGCGUAUCGAGUCCCGGCAGCUCACUCGCCAUGUCUGAUCGACGCGGUGCUCCGCGAAGUCAUGCAUCCAGUGGACCCAGAAACAAUGCGUCGGGUGCUGCUGGAAUGCUGUCGGCUGGCGCGAACACCGCCCAGCUCACGAGUCGACCGGGCGUCUACCCGUGUCGCGAGGGUGCACCCGAUUGUUUGCAUUAUCUGAAGACUGGCCGCUGCCAGUUCGGGGCUCGCUGCAAGUUCAAUCAUCCGCCCCGAGACGCACGACUGAUUGAUUCGCUCAACCGUCGUGACUGCUUCGACUGGGUCAUGACCGGCUCAUGUCCUUAUGGGAGCAGCUGUAAGUAUAACCAUCCCGCACUGGAUCCCGCGGAGCGGCCUAUGCGCCUGCAUCACGUGAGCGGUUCGGUGGGGGCUGCAGCCCCGCGUGACGCUCGCCGCCGCUCCGAACACGAGCGAGCCGCGGAUGCCGCAUCCUCCUGGUUGUCCAGCAGCGUCCCAAAACAUCGCUCGUGUGACGACGACACCAUGUGCCGAGCAGAGAGCACAGUGAGCAUUGGAUCGGCACCAACGUGCUCGCCCACAGAGCUUUCCUGGUCGCUGCCGUCGCCACGCGAACAAACGCCGUCCGAGAAACAUGUUGGCAGUUGGCCAGGUGCAGCGGAGCGAAGUUCGGAUCCGCUGCUGUGGUCGCCGUCCCAGCGCGGGUUAUCGCACGGCCGCAGUCAACCUGUACUGAAACCCUUCAAUGCAGCACCUGGAACACCGGUUCAUCGAUCGUUACCGCCACCGCCGCUCCUGCCGCCUGCACGUUCGCCACACUCGUUCUCGACACCGGAUACCAGCGGGGCGGGUUGCUUGUCGAUCGCAGGUAAUGCAUCACUGGGCAAAACGAUUCCAGGGGGCACCACGGGGCACUCGCCGGCCUCGGCAACUCGAGAGUCCAUCGCGAGAAGUUUUCAUGCACCGCUGGUUUCGAGCGUGUUGGAUGUGCGCGACCACGUGCCCGGUACACCGGGCACGAACGUGAACGCAGUGCCUUUUGCUGCAAGCCCGGUGCCGCCAAAUACCUGGACAACACAGGGUUACUGGUCGGGUCCGCAGCGCCCGAGCACAGAGCCGGCUUCAUCAUGGAACGAAGACGGUGUCAGCGCUGGCCGGCUGUCGUUCAGUGGACUCGAAGCGGGUCCUGGACGUGACGCCGGGGCGGACCCCGUCUAUACCACGGGCCGGGAAAUGCACGAGUGGCAAGCUUCUGUAUGGUCAUCGAACGAUUCCAAGGCGCUAUCGUCGAGCGCUCCGUACUCAAGUUGGCCUGUUGGGCGAACACCGAACGAACCUGAGCUAACUGCAGAAUGGCUGGAUGAUUUCUCACCUCCGUUGCGCGCUUCCGCAGUGCAUCCGACAUCGUUACCGACACCCGGAUCCGAGCAUGCCGCCGGGAGGUCCACGAACCCGGAGCGCACGACAGCGGCCACCGCAGCGCCCACGCCCUCACUGGAGCGACCUUAA